CCCUGCCCUCGCCGAGGCCUGCCGGACAGCGCCCGGGCCGGUUUCGGGCAGCGGGUGACCGCGACGGCGAGGGGAGCUCCUCGGCAUCUCCGCCCUGCCCUUCAGGGCCGGCGGCCCCGGCCAUGCCGCCCGCCAAGGCUGGCGGCAAGGAGGCCUUGGUGCUGCAGUGCGAGUGGGAGGUGUGCACCUACGUGGCCUCGAAGAUGGAGGAGUUCUGCGAGCACGUGGCCCAGCACCUGCGGCAGCAUCUUCCGGGGGAGCACCGGGACGAGAUGGACCCUCUCGAGCAAUACACGUGUUUGUGGCAGGAAUGUGGUUUCUGUUCCCCAGAAAGCUCAGCUGACCUCAUUCGCCACGUCUAUUUCCACUGCUACCACACCAAGCUGAAGCAGUGGGGGCUACGGGCCCUGCAGAGCCAGUCAGAUGUCAGCCAUUGCCAGCUGGACUUCCAGAGCCGCAAUAUUAUCCCCGAGAUCCAGGAAAACUUUCUGUGCCUGUGGGAGUACUGUGAGAGAUCGUUUGAUAAUCCCGAGUGGUUCUAUCGGCACGUGGAGGAUCACAGCUUCUGUUCGGAGUACAAGGCAGCGGGGAAGGAAAACCACGUGGUCCUCUGUGGCUGGAAAGACUGCGAUUGCACCUUCAAGGGACGCUGCAAACUGCGGGAGCACUUGCGCAGCCACACGCAGGAGAAGGUGGUGGCCUGUCCUACCUGUGGGGGGAUGUUCGCCAACAACACCAAGUUCUUUGACCAUAUCCGCCGUCAGACUGCGCUGGACCAGCAGAGGUUUCAGUGUUCUCACUGCUCCAAGAGGUUUGCCACAGAGAGGCUGCUCCGUGACCAUAUGAGGAACCAUGUGAACCAUUACAAGUGCCCUCUAUGCGACAUGACCUGCCCGCUGCCCUCCUCCCUGCGCAAUCACAUUCGUUUUCGGCACAGUGAGGAGCGGCCGUUCAAGUGUGACUACUGUGACUACAGCUGCAAGAAUCUCAUUGACUUGAGGAAACAUCUGGACACGCACAGCAAAGAGCCAGCCUAUCGCUGCGAGUUUGAGGCUUGCAGCUUCACUGCGCGUUCCCUCUGCUCCAUCAAACUGCACUACCGGAAAGUCCAUGAGGGUGACUCAGAGCCCCGGUACAAGUGUCAUGUCUGUGACAAGUGCUUCACACGUGGGAACAACCUCACUGUCCACCUCAGGAAGAAACACCAGUUCAAAUGGCCCUCGGGGCAUCCUCGCUUCAGGUACAAGGAACAUGAGGAUGGCUACAUGAGGCUGCAGCUGGUGCGUUACGAGAGCGUGGAGCUGACAGAGCAGCUGCUGAAGGACAGAGAGAAGCAGGGUGAGGCACUGGAUGGUUCAACUGAGUGUGUGGUGCUGUCUGAGGAUGAGGGCAACCUGCAGGGCAUCAUUCUGGAGGCCCCAGCAGAGGCUCCGCUGGUGGAGAACAGUAUCGCUGAGCUGCACGUGGCGCCGCUGCGCCCAGCAGCUUGCUGUGCUGACAGCCCUCAGCCAUCACGGCCGAGUGCCUUCCCAGGAGCAGCGCUGUCGUCGGAGCAAGAGCCUGGCACCCCGGCCAACCCCAUCAUCCGUGUGGUGAACCGGACCAACGAGCGUGGGGAGAGUGAGACUGUGUAUUACGUCAUGGCCAGCACGUCCUCAGAGGAGCAGGUGGCAGCACCCAGCGGGCUGGCUAUGGAGGUGGAGGAGAAUGUCAUGGACCGUCUGCAGAAAACAGCUGAGGAGCUGGGCAUCCAGAUCGUGUGGUUCAGCUGGUGCUGCUGGUGGUGUUUGCACUGCUGAUCCCGUUACCCUGCACUGAUCUCUGGGAGGAGAGUGCUGGAGGUGCUGUCCCUCGCAGGCUACUGCUACCCUGCAGCACUGGGGGAUUGGGAGCUUCUUACUGCUUUUGUCCUUCCCUGAGUUUCCUCCCCACAUUGGGGUUUGGGCUCCUGGUUGAGCAAAGUGUACUGUGGCAAGACAAAUAAAAGUCAGACUGCCAGGCCAAAUCGUGUCUGGUGUCUGUUUCAGCCCCUUUCCUGCCAGCUGUGGCCAUGUGGUGAGAGGAUGAGACCAAGUUGCCUAGAGCCUGCAGCGUGGGAGGUGGGCACUGAAGAGCUGCUGGGAUCUCUACAGGCUGCCACGUGGUGCAGUUGGCGACUGCCUUGGAGAGUGUGUUAUUGCACCCCAGAGGUGGCACUGGAAGGCCAGGUUGAGGUCUGGCACUUUUGUUCCCUGCUGUCCUGAUACGGGUUUGAUUUUUGCUGCCUGCUUCAGGGUGUGAAUGUCAGCUGCCUGCAAUGUCAUUUUUUGAAUAUAGAGAGUAGCCUGGGCUUGUGAGCAGAGCCAGCUUGCCCUUUGUCGAGUGAAUUGGAUGAAGACAUUGUGAAGCUGGUGUCCCUAGAGUAACACUCGGGCCCUCACCACCCUGUGUGCGGAGGUGAUGUGCCCCGAUGGAGGCGGGGAGGUGCCCUGCUGAUCUCCUGGGCUGGACACACUUUUUCCCCUUGCUUCCUUUCUCAAGAAAUUCAGCAAAAGCUGUUGGAAUUCCGGGUUAACGGAGGAAAUCACUUUAUACUAAACCCUUGGCCAUCUGCUCGCUUUCUAAUUAC